GUGAGUUGCUUUCAAGCAGUUGAUCCGGACUUAUUUUCUGCCUGGGUUUCCUCCCUCUGCCGUGCUCAGAUCAUGAAUGCCGCCAAGCCCCAUUAACUACCUAUCAGUCUCACCAAUUAUCCUCUUGUUAUAUUCACCCUCUCGCCUUCCGUCUUCUGUAGUUCUCCUUUUCCUCUUUCUUGCUCUCUCCCCACUCACGCCGUUCAUCAUCAACUGUCAACUUCAACCAUCAACAAUUCAUCCUUCUUACAACUUUACAUCUCUCAAACACUUUAGUAAACAUGACUGGACGUGGCAAAGGCGGAAAGGGUCUCGGAAAGGGAGGCGCUAAGCGUCACCGAAAGAUUCUUCGCGACAACAUCCAGGGUAUCACCAAGCCUGCCAUCCGACGUCUCGCUCGUCGUGGUGGUGUCAAGCGUAUCUCAGCCAUGAUUUACGAAGAGACCCGCGGUGUCCUCAAGUCCUUCCUCGAAUCCGUCAUUCGUGACGCUGUCACCUACACCGAGCACGCAAAGAGAAAGACCGUCACAUCUCUUGAUGUCGUCUAUGCUCUCAAGCGACAAGGCAGAACCCUCUACGGUUUCGGUGGCUAGACUCGUUAACACGUAUCUUACACCUCGAAAUGUGACAUCACAACAUGCUAUGGUUUUAUGGAGCUUACGGUCUGAGAAUGGCGCUUGGAGUCCUCUAUUCGAAGCAGUCAAGUUCGAUUGAUUCAAAACGGGCUGACUGGGGACGUUUGUCUUAUCGCUCAGACGAGAUGCAACAUUCAUGAUGGAAUUGUACUCCUUUGAUAGAACCUACCAUCAAGACAGAUGGUCAGCUGUGACAGCAGAAGACAGAAUUGAAUGAAUCUGCAUCUCAACCAAA